AGACAAGCAAUACACUCUCUCAUCCACACUUUUGCUUGCUACCAGAUCGACCUUAGCGAGUAGAGUACUAGCUGGGAAGAUGCCGGCGGGCCUUGGGGAACCAAGCUCGCGAAUCUGCCGCAGCACCACUUUGGUGAAGGUGCAGCCGUUCACGGGAGCCGGGGCGGUGCCAUGCACCCAAACGCGCAGGAAAUUCCCGGUCCUGGUGCGGGUCACGGCCGCGGCGGCCGCGGCGGAGGAGAGCUCCGUCGUCGGCGUGGACAUCGUCGCGGUGCUUGACGUCGGCGGCGGCGGCGGGGACAAGCUGCAGCGCAUCACGAACGCUAUGAAGGUCGUCAUCAGAAGGCUCGGCCCUGACGACCGGCUCUCCAUCGUGUCCUUCGACACCGACGUGCGCCGCCUGACGGAGCUCACCCGCAUGUGUGACCAAGGCCCAAGCGCCGCUAGGAACGUGGUCAUGGGGCUGUCCACAAAUGGUGCGGCGAACACGGGCCCUAGGGCGGCACCGGCUGCUCUAGACGAGGGAGCAAAGAUUCUAAGGGAGCGUCGUCAUGAUGAGAAGAGCGGCCGUGUAGGCUGCAUCGUGUUCCUGUCAGACAGUGUGGACACCCAGAUCUUGGGCGCGUCUAUUAGCAGCGACUUCCCAGUACACGCCUUGGCCUUGGGCGCCGACCACGACCCCAAGGCCAUGAAGCACAUCGCCGUCGAGACCUCCGGCACCUACUCCUUCGCCAACAACGACAUGGGCAAGGUCAAGGACGCCUGCGCGCUAUUCACGUCCGUCCCGGCUACAUCCGUGGAUAUCACCCUCAGGACUCACGAGGGUGCUCUCAUAUCGUCCGACGAGAAGAGCUCCGACGGCGGGCGGUCCGCCGUGAUCCGCAUCGACAACAUGUAUGCCGGCGAGAAGAAGAACUUCAUCGUCUACCUGGCACUGCAAGCCACGGAAGAGGGGGAGCAGAAGCUCCUGACUAUCGGCGGCCGGUAUCAGAACGUUAGUGAGAGCAAGAACCUUGCUGACACUGUUGUUUCGGUGAUGCGGCCAGAAGAGAAAUACUCCGUCGGCAAUAAUGUCCCUCGUUGGGCGGAAGCGAUCGCACGAAUCAAGUUGUUCUUCGCACGAAUCAAGCUGUUCUUCAUGGGUAUCUCUAUCUGUGGCUUAGUGCCACAGCCGAGCACGGCGACGACGCAAGCGAUCACUUCCAAGUUGCAACAAAUAUGGCAGCAUUUCUGCAAAUCAACGGAGGGCAAAUUUAAAAACGCUCUUCAAACCAUGGAAAACUUGAACCAAAAUAUGAAGAGGGGCAUCAACAAGGUGCCAGGGCUGCCGCUGCCUUACAAAUUUUCAUGGCCAAGGAGCCGAAACUGGCAGCGUGCAAGUGCAACCACCUCGAACGAACCCAGAUCUCCCGAGACUGCUGGUGAUUUCCAGACCCUACAGCAAGAAACAGAAGACAUUGUCCAAGUUCGGGAUGGAAACCAUGGCAACACCACCACUACCACAUGCUGGGGAAAAAUCAGAGCUUGGGGAAGAAACCUGCACCCCUGCUCUCGUUUGCUCCCGGUCCGGGGUGUUGCCGUAGUACUUUUCCUGGCCUUGCUCCUUCUGAUGUUGCUCUACUCUGGGCUUCAAGGAACCUCCAUGACAAAGAGCAUAGUGCUGCUGCAGUAUCCAAUGUUUUUAUUCCCGAGCAACUAUUAUGCUGCUUUGCAUGCAAACGAGGCCAAAGUUCCCGAACUGCAGGAUCCCGCAUGGAAGAACGGCCAGCAGGGACAGGAGGUGACUGAUGAGAGCUCAUCGCCAGGACAAAGGCGCAGAGACCAUGCUGAUGAUGCUACCAAGGUAAUUUCUCCAGUUGUGAUCUCAGACAACAAAUGCGGUGAAGGCCAUGGCUGUGACCGUGAUACAUAUAGGGAAAGUGAUUUGGUUGCCAAGAUCUUGAACAUUAUCAUCACCGGUGUUCAGGAGAAGGAAAUGGAGUUGAAGUCUCUUCUAGUUGAAGCUCAGUAUGAUCAUGUUAUAAGUGCUUUGGUUGCCAAGAUCUUGAACAUUAUCAUCACCGAUGUUCAGGAGAAGGAAAUGGAGUUGAAGUCUCUUCUAGUUGAAGCUCAGUAUGAUCAUGAAUAACAAAUCUCUCCUGAUGGUAUCUGGAAUAAUCAAAGCAUUGCGUGUGAAGCGCAUGGUGAAUCCAGAAUAAUAGAGAGGGUAAUUCUCUGGUGGUACUCCUUAAUCAAGAUUAAGCGUUAUAUAUGGUGUAAACGGAGUGCCUGAAUAAUGCUCAUUUAUUUGUUCCUUCUCAUGUACCCGCUGCUAUGCCUGCGAGUUUGUUUAGUUUUUAAGAGUCUGUGCAUGUUUAAAAAGAGUUUUUGUUCCUUCGCAUGUUUAUUUAUGUAGGUCUAAAGAAGAUGUAUUUGCAACUUUUCUUUGAAUGCAAUUAUGCUAAGUUACCUGGCUA